GCGCUGAGGACUAUAAAGGGGGUACGGCUGAGGGCCAGGGCACCCAUCGGCGCCCGUCACUCAGGACUCAGGAUGCCCGUCACCGGCCGCUGCCUCUCCCUGCUGCUCCUGUCCGCCUGUGUGGCUCUGCUGCUGCAGCCACCGCUGGGCGCCCGGGGGGCCCCGCUGGAGCCAGUGUACCCGGGGGACAAUGCCACACCAGAGCAGAUGGCCCAGUAUGCGGCUGAGCUCCGCAGAUACAUCAAUAUGCUGACCCGGCCCAGGUAUGGAAAAAGAGACCGAGAAGAAACACUGGACAUCUUGGAAUGGGGCUCCCCCCGUGCAGCUGCCCCCAGGGAGCGCAGCCUGAUGGACCAGUAAUGCCACUGCCUGCUUCCUCUGGCUCCAAGGGCAGUGCUGGCCCAGCUCUCCCCUCUGCGCCCUUGGCAAUGGCCAAAGCCUGCUCCCUGCUCCCCUGCCCCAGACUAAAUAAAGCAAAUCAAAGUCAUA